GGAAAGGUUUUAUGGCAUUCUACUCGGCCGCCGUACUUCCCGGUCUUCCACCACUAGGGGGCGAUGGCGUUUCCUUGGCUGACAUCUUGGGGGCAGCGAGGACCAUCUUUGCCGACACGUCCUUCUUGUUUGUGCGCCUAAAAAACAGUGAUUGGGGAGAAAAACAACUUGUGACUUUGUCCGUCCUCUCACCCAGGAGCGAGGAGAGCAACACGGCGUGAACGUUAAAAUCUCCAUUUCCUUUCCCCUUCCAACUCUCUCGGGGAAUUAGCCUAGCAGGCUGCUAUUAGCUCCGUCCAAGCUAGCCGGGUCUUAGCGGCAGCUGUAUCCGCUCGGAGUGUCACUGCAGUCGGGCUCUGAUGAGGCAUCCUGGUGGGUAGCGCGGGGCUGCUAUCGGUGUGUGUCACCGCCUCUGGGCCAGCUAAUCCCCUCGAAAACAAAGACAAGAGCGUUGAUAUGGAAUGGUGCAUGACGCUGGGUCAAGUUUGAUUACAACCGGAAUCAUGGACGGUCAGCCGCUGUGCACCAGACUUUGUCCACACGCUCUGGACAAAGAAGACGGCGUGGAGAGACAAGGUCCAGUCACGCUCAACCCUCGUCACAUGAGGAAGGCCUUUAAAGUCAUGAAUGAACUGCGCAGCCAGAGCUUGCUGUGUGACGUGACGAUAGUGGCGGAGGAUGUGGAGGUCGCCGCUCACAGAGUGGUCCUGGCCGCCGGGAGCCCUUAUUUCCACGCCAUGUUCACGGGUACCGUCCACUCCACUCCUUCUUCUCUUGUGUUUCUAAAACGGGGAUCAGAAGCAUUUAGUUGUGCUGCAGGAGAGAUGGCGGAGAGCCGAGCCAAGCGAGUGAGGAUAAAGGAGAUGGAUGGAUGGACGCUGGGACUGCUGGUGGACUACAUCUACACUGCAGAGAUACAGGUCACAGAGGACAAUGUGCAGGCUCUGCUGCCCGCCGCAGGUCUGCUCCAGCUGAACGAGGUGAAGAAGGCGUGCUGCGAGUUCCUGAGCUCUCAGCUCCAUCCGUCUAACUGUCUGGGGAUACGAGCCUUCGCCGACCUGCACGCCUGCUCGCAGCUCCUCACGCAGGCCAACAGCUACGCAGAGCAACAUUUCACUGAGGUGGUGGGGAGCGAGGAGUUCCUGAAUCUGGGCAUGGAGCAGGUUUCCAGCCUCAUUGCCAGCGACAAACUCAGCAUUCCCACAGAGGAGAAGGUCUUUGAAUCCGUCAUCGCUUGGGUCAACCACGACAAAGACGUCCGCCAGGAGCAUCUGGCUCACCUGAUGGAGCAUGUGCGCCUGCCCCUCCUCUCCAGAGAAUACCUGGUGCAGCGGGUGGAAGAGGAGUCUCUGAUCAAGAACAGCAGCGCCUGCAAGGACUACCUGAUCGAGGCCAUGAAGUACCACCUGCUGCCCGCCGACCAGCGAGCGCUGAUGAAGACGGCACGCACGCGUAUGAGGACCCCCGCCUGCUGUCCUAAGGUGAUGGUGGUGGUCGGGGGGCAAGCGCCCAAAGCCAUCCGGAGUGUGGAGUGUUACGACUUUGAGGAGCAGCGGUGGUAUCAGGUGGCCGAGCUCCCCACCAGGAGGUGCAGAGCAGGUGUGGUGUACGUGGGCGGAUGCGUCUACGCUGUCGGGGGCUUCAAUGGUUCCCUGCGCGUGCGCACGGUCGACUGCUACGACCCCAUGAUGGACCGCUGGACCAGCGUGAACAGCAUGCAGGACCGCCGAUCCACGCUAGGGGUCGCCGUGCUCAGCGGGCUGCUGUACGCUGUGGGGGGGUUUGACGGAAGCACAGGGCUGGCCACCGUGGAGGCGUACAACGCCAAGAUGGAUGAGUGGUUCCAAGUGCUGCCCAUGAGUACGCGGCGUAGCAGCGUGGGAGUGGGUGUCGUUAACGGCAUCCUGUACGCGGUGGGAGGUUACGACGGAGCGACCAGGCAAUGUCUGAGUACAGUCGAGGCCUAUGACCCUAAAAGCGACACGUGGAGCUACAUCGCUGAGAUGGGCACGCGACGCAGCGGUGCAGGCGUGGGCGUGUUGAAAGGCUUCCUUUACGCUGUGGGCGGCCACGAUGGCCCCCUGGUGAGGAAGAGCUGCGAAGUGUACGACCCAGCCUCCAACAGCUGGCGGCAGGUGGCUGACAUGAACAUGUGUCGCCGCAAUGCAGGAGUGUGCGCCGUCAACAACCUGCUCUACGUGGUGGGCGGUGACGACGGCAGCUGCAACUUGUCCUCUGUGGAGUUCUACAACCCCAACUCGGACAAGUGGACGCUGCUGCCCAGCUGCAUGAGCACGGGCCGCAGUUAUGCAGGUGUGACAGUGAUCGACAAGCCCUUAUGACUGCCGGGGAAGUCCGCCACAGUUUAGAAGCGGGAACGCAUCCCGCCGAAUUCUGAUCUAGGAUCUGUCGUCGUCCAACACUUCCAUGUUGGCUGCACGGGCGCUGACGGGCCAGACGACGGAGAUGUUGCUAGUGAUGGUGAUGAUGACAGAGAUUUUUUUUUUUGCACUUAUGAGCGUCGGGGAGGUGUUUUAAUCCCGUCACAGUGGGACCGUGAUGGCGCCAGCGAAUCACUACUGACAUGAAGCUCAUUAAACUGCAGUAACUCUAAACAUGAAUCAUGUUGACAGACAAGAUGAGGAGGGGACUAUUUUGCGCUAUCGCCACGGAUGUUCGUGUAUAUUUGUGCGCUUGCCUUUCAAGGUUCUCCACUGCUUGCCAACCAACGUGAGCCUGUUGUGUGUGUGUGUGUGUGUGUGUGUGUGCGCGCGCGUGCACGUGCGCGUGCGUGUGCAUUCUGCAUGGAUGCAAUACAUGUGGCCUCUGACUUUUUGUUUUUUUUUCACGAGAGCGCCUGAAUGUGAAAGGAUUCCCUCGCUUCCUCCUUCCUGUUGGUGAUGCCUUUAGCGCUGUGAACGGGCAGCUGGGUCGUAGCUCAGCCUCAAUGACAAAUUGCAGAACAGAGUUUGUGUCGUGUUUCGCACUGAAGCGUUUUUUUUCCGAGGGAGGAGACGCCUUAGUGAAGGCGUUCCCAAAUGCAUGCCAGUGCUGGAGGAUGUAUCAGUGCUUUACUGUCACCUGGCAGCCAUGUUUGCUCUGAACAUUAACAGCCUGAAAUCACCGCAUGCUCCCCGAGCUCAUCCCCCAUAAACUGACAUAUUAUGAAUGUGCCAAUUUCUGUAUUUCCUGAAAGUGACCAAACUUUGACUCUUUUUAUGUUGCCCUGCUUCACUUUUUCUCUUUUUUCUGUGGAAAAAUUGCUCUCCUAGUGACUGGUAUUGCUGUGUUCUUCUUGUCGGUGUAUCGAGGAAUGUCAGUGUUGGCUAAUUACUUUGGAUAUGUUUCAUUACAUGUUUUAUAUAUCGUUAAUAAAUAUGAAUAAUAUGCUUCUUGUAUUUAAAAAGCUGUGAAAUGACAAGUGAUCCGUUUUUAAGACUUUGCCAAAUCAGUAAAAUAUUUAAAUGGUUUGUGUUCUUUGUAUUGUUUCUUAAAAUAUAUUUAUUU